CAACAGGUGUCGGCUGACUCUAGCUCCUCCAUGAACUCCAACACACCCCUGGUGAGGAUCACCACUCGCCUCUCCUCCACUGCCGAUGCCCCCAUGCUGGCAGGGGUCUCAGAAUAUGAACUGCCAGAAGACCCAAAAUGGGAGUUUCCAAGAGAUAAGCUGACGCUGGGCAAACCCCUGGGAGAAGGUUGCUUUGGGCAAGUCGUCAUGGCCGAGGCAGUGGGGAUCGACAAAGACAGGCCGAAAGAAGCGGUGACUGUGGCAGUGAAGAUGUUGAAAGAUGAUGCUACAGAAAAAGAUCUGUCUGACCUGGUGUCAGAGAUGGAGAUGAUGAAGAUGAUUGGAAAGCAUAAAAAUAUCAUCAAUCUUCUUGGAGCCUGUACCCAGGAUGGUCCCCUGUACGUGAUAGUCGAGUACGCUUCCAAAGGCAACCUGCGCGAGUACCUGCGAGCACGCCGCCCCCCGGGGAUGGAGUAUUCGUUCGAUAUCAACCGGGUGCCAGAAGAGCAGAUGACAUUCAAGGACUUGGUGUCAUGCACUUACCAGCUGGCAAGAGGCAUGGAGUACCUGGCUUCACAAAAAUGUAUCCAUCGAGAUUUGGCUGCAAGAAAUGUUUUGGUAACUGAAAAUAACGUCAUGAAAAUAGCAGACUUUGGCUUAGCCAGAGACAUCAACAAUAUAGAUUAUUAUAAAAAGACUACUAAUGGACGGCUUCCAGUGAAGUGGAUGGCCCCAGAAGCUCUGUUUGACAGAGUUUACACGCACCAAAGUGAUGUUUGGUCAUUUGGUGUGCUCAUGUGGGAGAUCUUCACGUUAGGAGGAUCACCCUACCCAGGAAUCCCAGUGGAGGAACUUUUUAAGCUGCUUAAAGAAGGGCACCGAAUGGAUAAACCCGCCAACUGCACCAAUGAACUCUAUAUGAUGAUGAGAGAUUGCUGGCAUGCUGUGCCUUCACAGAGACCGACUUUUAAGCAGUUGGUAGAAGACUUGGAUCGGAUUCUCACUCUCACAACUAAUGAGGAGUACCUGGACCUCAGUGGACCUCUCGAGCAGUACUCACCUAGUUACCCUGACACGAGGAGUUCGUGUUCUUCAGGUGAUGACUCUGUUUUCUCUCCCGAUCCGAUGCCUUACGAACCUUGUCUUCCCAAGUACCAACACAUGAAUGGGAGUGUUAAAACAUGAAAAGAAAUCACGUGGAGGAAUAAGGAAAGAAGAACAUCAAGCUACCUACCAUAUACAACAGAAUCUCUUUUCUCCGGGACCUUAAUGUUUCUGCUUGUACAUAGGAAAUAUGGGA